AGAAGCCGUGCUCCGCAGGCCGUCCCGGGCCCCCCGCCCUCAGGAUGUGCCUCUCUCCGGGCGCGCACCGGGCACCGCUCCCCAUGGCGCAGCCGCCGCGGCGCCGCCGCUGGUUCGGAGGGCCGGGCCCCGCGGGCACAGGCGGGUGCUGGGCCCCGGUGUUCCUCGCCGCGUGCUGGCUGGCAGCAGGCUCCCGUCAGCGUGCGGCGCGGCCGGCCGCGGACUACAACUCCCAGCGCUCCGCGGCGUGGCCCUCCGGCGGCGGCCGAGGAAACGAAAGCGGCCGCCCCAGGAGCAGAUUUCACCUUCAGGCCGCAGCAUGAACGGCAGCGUGGCGGGCGGCGGCUUCUCCGAGGAGAUCAUCAACCUCACCCGCAGGUCCUCCGGGCUGGGCUUCAACAUUGUUGGUGGGACAGAUCAGCAGUACAUUUCCAAUGACAACAGCAUCUAUGUCAGCCGGAUCAAAAAGGAUGGGGCAGCUUACCUUGAUGGCCGAUUACAAGAAGGAGAUAAAAUUUUAUCGGUCAAUGGCAGAGACUUGAAGGAUUUGCGGCACAAGGAUGCUGUGGAACUGUUCAGGAAUGCAGGCUGUGACGUGUCUUUGAAAAUUCAGCGCAGGUUGCAGCCACAGAAUGGCCCUGUGGGUUAUCGAGGCGAUGGAGAAUCAGGUGGGCUUCCUCUAGCAGCCAUUCUUGUGCCAGGCCUGGCACUUGCUGCGGCAGCGGUGUGGAUCUUGCUGAGAUAUCGACAGCAGAUAUGAAGAGUUCACGUUUUGGAUAUCACUGCAUAUUUACACAGCUAUGACGUAAUUUAAAGAUAGAGAAUCAACUAUCUUAUCACAGACUGAUGUCAAAGAGGAUCAUUGCCUAUCAUAAAGCUGCUGCUGAUGUUCUCUAUAUAUUGAUUUUGUUGCAGGAUGAAUGGAAGCAGAGAGGAAAAUGGGAAGGGUGAUCACUCUGUUCACAUAUAGGGUGAGAUAGCUGUUUUUUUGACUAUCUGGGGAGGUUUUGACAUCCCCCUCUAUUUUGCACCAUGAACUUUCAAACACUUAUCUGUACCAUGUUUUAAGAUGUGAUUUGGUUAAACAGCAUGGGGAUUGGGGUGGUUUUAAAUCACAAACAUUUACUAGAGGCUUUGCCUUGUUUCCACUGUAUUUUUCUUGAAACUAAUGAACCCUGUCUAAAACAUGAAUAAAGAGAAGCAACACAGAGGGUAUAUUAUCUUUUCCACUGAAUUUUUGUUGGUUGUUGCUAAAUGAAUACCUUAGGAAAAAUGUG